UGUUUUUCUUCAGCCGCUGCUUCGAUUGACAACCAUAAAUAUUUACAAACAUCUAUCAAAACUCAUUUUGACCGUAUCCAUUUUGUUAUUUUUCCCGUCUGCCGACAUAUCCUGCACGUAUUCCGACGUGCCAGUGUCGGACUCUCCGGCGAGUCCGUGCUUCAUAGCGGUCAAGUGUCUCUUCCUUUCCCUCAGUCUCUCGUUUAAGGAAAGCAGAAAUCUUUACAAGUAUAGUUAAAUCUAUCGGAACCUCCUGGUGUAGCUCUUAAGCAGCGGCAAAAGCCCACUUGGGUAUUUAACAGAGGAUCCCGGUGGUAGGGCGAUGAGGUGAUGAAAACUACUCUCUAUGGCUUCGAAACUGAUUAGAGUCGCAUCCAUUGAAGCUCAAAAUCAGCUAGAACUCUCUCUAAGGCAAGCUUUUGACCUUCUCGAAUUGAAACUGAGACCUCCAUUUUCGUUAGCAAUCCCAAUCCCUCAAGAAUACACUCAACUUAAUCAAGCUAUUCUUUAUGGUGUUCUAAUCGAACCCUAUGUCUCAAGAUUUCAUAUUAAGCACUUACAUGCUAUCGUCAUUGAUGGGUAUAAUUUGUUUAUAAGUUUACUUGUUGGAAUUGUUAAUGAAUUGUAUGGAAAACUUUUUGACUCGGUUAAGGAACAGUUGAUUUGGGUUACUAAAGAAAUGAUUGAUGUUUCCGCUAUAGGAAUUGAUAGUUUGUUAGUCUGUUUAUUGAGGCAAAUUGUUGGUGGUGAUUUCAGUGAUGGGAAUCUUUGGUUAUGUUUCGAGCUAGUGACUUUGUUAAGUAAAUGGGAUUGUUUGUUACAAGAAAAGCCUGUAGUUUUGACUAGUGCAUUAUAUACAUUUCUUCGUGUAUUAGCUGAGCAUUGUAGGGUAAUGAGUAAUCCAAAACUAGAGAUGUUGAGGCAGUUGGAGAUUGAGUUUUGUGUCAAAAUGUUGAGGGAUCAAUUUCAGCUUUGUUUGAAGAUAGGGAGGGAUCUUGUUCGAUUAUUACAAGAUCUAUUUCAUGUACCUGAGUUUAAAACUAUAUGGAAAGAUCUAGUUCUGAAUCCUAGUGAGUUUAGAACUCCCGAGUAUUUGGAUAUUUCUCAGUUGUAUUGCACAAGGACUUCAAGUCGUUAUUUUCUACUGCAGAUCACUCCCGAAAUGGAAACACAUGUGAUGCUUGGUAGCCAGAAACGAUAUCAGAUCUGGUUUGAAAAGAAAUUUCUUUUAGGGCCAGAGAGAGAGAGUCUUAUUGUUGAUAUUGUGUGGUUCAUAUGUUGUGCGCACCACCCGUCAAAUGAAAUUCUUCAUUCAAAUGUUAUUCCUAGAUGGGCUGUUAUUGGUUGGCUACUAACAUGUUGCAAGAAGAAAUAUAUUGAAGCUAAUGGGAGGUUGGCAUUGUUUUUUGACUGGCUUUUUUUCAAUGAAAAAGUGGACAAUAUUAUGAAUAUUGAGCCUGCAAUUCUGUUGAUGGUAUGCUUCUUGCCUAAAUAUAUCAACUUCACUCACUCACUCCUUGAGUUUUUACUUCUUCUUGUGGACAACUAUGAUUUGGACCGUAAACAUAUUAUAGUCUGGGGUGUUUCGUCAGCUUUUAAUACACUUGUCCAGAAAGGAGUGGUACAUUCAUUGGAUGUUCUGACCCAUUGUGAUGCACUUUCUCCUAUAAAAGAAAGGCUUCAGAAUUUAUUGUUAAAUGAUCAAUGUAAAGUUCCUAGAGAUUUGCUUCCAGUUGGUCUUCCUUGCCACUCUACGCCAUCUUCGAGUUUGCCUGAUGUUUCAUGUACGGGUUGAAGUUUGCAGGUAAUGUAUAGAUGAUUGAGUUUACAAAUAAGCUUUUAUUCUCAGUGGAAGUAAAAUUGGCAAUCGUGGAAUGAAAGAUGCGAUGCCUUACAUGAAUAUCCUUGUAUUAUUUGAUGCCUUACAUGAGUCUCCUAGUAUUAUUUGCAGAAACCUCCUCUGCCAUCUCAUAAACAUGUUACUGCAGCUGUCUCGGAGGUAUAAUAUUGCGUACAUCACCUCGUUAAAUUUCAAUGCCCAGAUCCAUUGACUAUUUGCUAAUUUGAUGUAAUAUGCUAAUAUAUGAU